UACAAAUCAUUUAAAGACUUCCACAAGCGAAUCAUGGUUGCGACAGAUGUCUUUGGACGUGGUAUUGACAUUGAACGAGUGAAUAUUGUAAUCAAUUAUGACAUUCCUGAUGGACCGGAUACGUAUUUACAUAGAGUCGGUCGCGCUGGCAGAUUCGGUACAAAAGGCAUUGCUGUAACAUUUGUUGCCAACAAUGAAGAUGCAGAGAUUCUUCAGAAAGUGCAGGAACGGUUUGAAGUCAACAUCACAGAAUGUCCCCCCGAGUCAGAACUCAAUGACUUUAGUAAGUCUCUGAAAGAUAUUCAAGAUAUCUAA